UCAUUGCAGCCUUGAGUCAAUCGGAAGAGCUUGGUAUUUGUUCUCGUUUUGCCUCUCUGGCUUCGGACAUAAAUGGACAAACACGUGUCUUAAAAAUGGCGUCCAUCGAUAAUGCCUCAACCCAAAGUCAAGCUGGUGGUGACAGGAGAUGAUUUUGGGUACUGUCCGAAGAGGAACCAGGGGAUAGUGGAUUGUUUCCAGGCUGGGGGCAUUUCUAAUGUGUCCCUUCUGGUUAACGCCUCCUCGGCGAAAGAAGCGACAGAGCUGGCCAAAAGACAUCGCAUUCCCAUCGGUCUCCAUGCCAACCUCUCAGAGGGUCUACCAGUCAGCCAGGGUCUGAAGCGGGGCUCCACGCUCCUCAACAAAGAUGGGUUCUUCCAUGGGAAGAUGGGCUUCAGAAAGGCUGUACAGAGUGGCCAGGUCAGCAUGACAGAGGUGGAGCUGGAGCUCAGGGCUCAGGUGAGGCUGUUCGGAGAGCUGAUGGGUCAUCUACCCUGUCACAUGGACGGGCACCAACACAUCCAUGUGCUGCCAGAGGUGUGUGCGGUGUUUGCACAGGUGCUGUCUGACUGUGGGAUCUCCUAUACGCGUGUUCCAGUGGAGCGUGGUCUACACUCAUGUCCCUGGCUGUCCCCUGUCCUCAGAGACUUCUACGCUCAGGUGGAGAGGGACGCGCUGGAAUCUGUUCCCGUGUUCAGACGACAUGGCAUCAGAUGGCCUGACGUCUAUCUAGGUUUGACCACCAUGGGCCACAACAUGUCGGUCCCCAACCUCAGACGAGCCUUCAGCCAUGCCCUGGAACUAGACCUGGGGGUCUCACUGUCGCCCCCUGGGGGUGGAAGUAAAAACAGGAUGAACACCACGGAGCGUCCUGUGCUGACGGCAGAGCUCAUGGUGCACCCUGGGUACCCCAGCCACCCCCAGGAGGGCGGGUGUGGGGAGGGGCCGGACGACUUCUCCCAGUCGGCUGACAGGCAGCAGGAGCUGACCACCCUGAAGGACCCGGCCCUACUGGCUUUCUACACCCAGAAAGGAAUCCAACUCUGUGCCUUCAGGGACCUCUGAGGCCCCUACACCCCCACGCUCAGGGGUAGGGUAGUUGAAUUCCCUAAACUUUUAUCUGGUGUUUCAUAAAUCUCAGUUGAAGAAUUCCAGGUUUGAAGAUUCACUCGCUGCUUAUUCCCAGCUGAUUCCCAGACUCCUCCAACUGGGAUAUCUGAAAAACCAGGGCAUUUUGGGAAAGUUUUGUGAUUUUUGUAAUCCUACCUCUGAGUCCCCACUCAGGGGUCACGUUCCAAUAUCCACACUUACUGGCACACUAUUUAGAACGCAUAUCCAAUACAUGGCUUCCAGAGGCUGGUGGGAGGAGCUAUAGGAGGACAGGCUCAUUGUAAUGGCUGGAAUAGAACAGGAUCCAAAAUGUGGUUUCUAUAUGUUUGAUGUGUUCGAUACCAUUCCGUUAAUUCCAUUCCAACCAUUACAAUGAGCCUGUCCUCCUAUAGCUCCUCCCACCAGCCUCCUCUGAUGGCUUUGUUCUGAGUAUUUAGAACACAUUUACAUGGCUUCAUUCUGAGUGGUAAGCUUGUGUAGAUAUUGGAAUAGAGACAUAAAAUAGAAUUGGAAUUGUUUCCAAGUCUAUGGAUCUCCUCUGCUGCUCUUUCAUUGGUGCAACCUUACCUCCAAGCGUAGCAGACGGAGUCACUAUUUUCUGUGAAGCACAAUCCUGUUUUUGACGGUGUUGAUUACAGACUAGGCAGUUGUUUUCCAGUCAUCUCUGGUGAGAGAGACCAGCACAAAAAGCACUUUGCUCUCUCUCAUCCCAAAGCUAACCUCCAAUCAGCAGAUCACAUAUAGGCGUCAACAGAAGAGUAACUGCCAAAAGAGCGCGGACCAAAAUAGGGUGUGCCUAUAGCAUAUUAUAUUUUAAACAUUUGCAUGUAGUCUAUCUAGGUCUUGAUGUCCUCGUUUUUAAAAUAAUAAUCCUGUAUAUUUUUCUUAAUUUUGUGUGAAACACUAUUUAUGUAAUAAUGUUCUUUUUAGAAUAUGACAAGGAGCAGAAUGUUUAGAAAUGCACAACUGAAAGCGCUAUAAUGGCUAUAUGAAUAAAUGGAAGGUAAUAGAAUGCCUAA